AUGAAAAGGAAAGCAGUUUUUGAAGAGUUAGAUUGCGGUUUCUUCUUUCGGGGCUUAUGCCUUAAAGUCGUAUUAAGCUCUUCCAUCCAGCCAGUGCGUCAAAGAGGUGCUUCCAUCGAAUGUGAGGACAGCCAAUUCAGUGUAAUGAACUGGCUAUCCAGUGAGUUCGUUCAAGAAAAUGCUCUACUCGGCCUCUACCACGGCCACCAUGAGCCAUGUUUGCAUUUGAUGAGCCUGACUAGUAGCAGCAACCAGGGCCAGUGUCACCAUCAAUACAUCAAGAACCAAUGCAUGCGGGAUAAUCAGAAGUGUUACCCAUAA